GCUUUAGCUGAAGAACAAGAGCAAUGAAGAGCCUUCUGCCUCUACUUUUGAUUUUCCUAGCAUUUUCUUCUGCAUUUCCUGCAGGACGAAAGAUGAGAAAUGAAGAACAUAUGCACGUGGCUCAGGCGUAUCUCAGUCAGUUCUAUUCCCUUGAAACAGAAGGGAGCCAUCUUGUUCAAGGCCAGAACAGGAGUCUCUUGGAAGGUAAAAUUCGGGAAAUGCAAGCAUUUUUUGGAUUGACAGUGACUGGAGAAUUGGACUCAAACACGCUUGAGAUCAUGAAGACCCCCAGGUGUGGGGUACCUGAUGUGGGUCAGUAUGGCUACACCCUCCCUGGGUGGAGAAAACACAACAUCACAUACAGAAUAAUGAACUACACUCCAGAUUUGGCAAAAGGUGAUGUGGAUGAGGCUAUCCAGAAGGCACUGGAAGUGUGGAGCAAUGUCACUCCUCUGGUAUUCACUAAGAUUUCCAAGGGGAUUGCAGAUAUCAUGAUUGCCUUUAGGACUCGAGUCCAUGGUCGAUGUCCUCGUUAUUUUGAUGGCCCCUGGGGAGUUCUUGGCCAUGCCUUCCCUCCCGGAGUGGGGCUGGGUGGUGACACACACUUUGACGAGGAUGAAACCUGGACCAAGGAUGCAGAAGGUUUCAACUUGUUUCUUGUGGCUGCUCAUGAAUUUGGCCAUUCACUAGGGCUCUCUCACUCCAAUGAUCAAAGAGCCUUAAUGUUCCCAAAUUAUGUCUCCCUGGAUCCUAGCCAACACCCACUUUCUCAGGAUGAUAUCAAUGGAAUUCAAUCCAUUUAUGGAGGUCUACCUAAGGCACCUGCAAAGCCCAAGAGACCCACUGUACCCCUUGCCUGUGACCUUGACUUGACUUUUGAUGCUAUCACCAGUUUCCGCAGAGAAGUAAUGUUCUUUAAAGGCAGGAACAUGUGGAGGAUCUAUUAUGAUAUCCCUGAUGUUGAAUUUGAAUUAAUUGCUUCAUUCUGGCCAUCUCUGCCAGCUGAUCUUCAAGCUGCAUAUGAGAACCCCAAAGACGCAAUGCUGGUUUUUAAAGGUGAAAACUUCUGGAUGAUCAGAGGGUACGCUGUCCUGCCAGAUUAUCCCAAAUCCAUCCAUACGCUUGGCUUCCCAAGACACGUGAAGAAGGUCGAUGCAGCCGUCUGCGACCAAAACACAAGGAAAACAUACUUCUUUGUGGACAUUUGGUGCUGGAGGUAUGAUGAGAAGACCCAAACCAUGGACAGAGGAUACCCACAGAGGGUGGUAAAACACUUUCCAGGAAUUGGUCUCCGCAUUGACGCUGCUUUCCAGCAUAAAGGAUUCUUCUACUUCUUCCGUGGAUCAAAGCAAUUUGAAUAUGAUAUUAAGGCAAAGAACAUCACCCGAAUAAUGAGAACCAACACUUGGUUUCACUGUACAGAACCACUGCACUCAUCAAUUGAUUUCAGUGUCAACAAGGAAAACGCCUAUGCAGGAGCAAAGAGUGUGUUAUAUGAGAGCUUAAGCUUGCUUACUGUUAGCGUUGUUUAUCUGCUGAACAAAGCAAAUAGUUGCCCAUGAAUUCAUGGGCCUAAAUCAACCUUGAGAAACUUUUUAACU